UGCCACUUGACCCCUCUCCCUCUUUACACUCACUCAUUCUCCCUCUCCACAGUAUAUAGUAGUUAAUUGGGUUCAUUCAUAUGCUUCCCCUGUCCAUGGAAAGAAAAUCUGAUCAUCUGAUCUUUCCUUUUUAAACCACAAGAAACUACUGCCACUUCUCUCCAAGAUUUCUCUCUGAUCAUCAGUACCCUGGUUCAAACAAAGCAAAUCCCAGAGAUACAUAUAUAUCAUAUAUAUAUAUAUACACACACACACAAGAUGAUUUCCACAGAAAGUAGCAACAAAGAUUAAAACCCUAGAAAAAGGAAAGCCAAGAGAAGCUAGCAUUCAUCAAAUCUAUAUCGACUCAAUGGAUUUCAUUACAGUAGAAAGCAAUAUUCCCAAAUCCAACAACAUCAACAUCAUAGCAAACACUAUGAUCCCAAGCAGCUGCUCACCACCUCCGCCACCGGUUCCCAGCCGGUACGAGAACCAGAAGCGGCGAGACUGGAACACAUUCUGCCAGUACCUCAGCAACCACAGGCCUCCACUCUCUCUCCCCCUAUGCAGUGGUGCCCAUGUCCUCGAAUUCCUCCGCUACCUCGACCAGUUUGGCAAGACCAAAGUCCACAACCCCGCCUGCCCCUUCUUCGGUGUCCCUAACCCUCCUGCACCUUGCGCUUGCCCUCUCCGGCAGGCCUGGGGAAGCCUCGACUCCCUCAUCGGACGCCUCAGAGCCGCCUAUGAAGAGCACGGUGGGAAGCCGGAGGGGAACCCUUUUGCUGCAAGAGCAGUGAGGCUGUUCCUGCGCGAGGUCCGCGAUUUUCAGGCCAAAUCAAGGGGCAUCAGUUAUGAGAAGAAAAGGAAGAGAAUUACAAAGCAGAAGAAGAUAGCAUUGCAGCCUCAUGGUGAAGCUGAUUAUAGUGGUAAAGCCAUUAUCUAGAGUUGUUUGAAUUAAAUCUUUAAUUUAAUUACUAUAUGAUAUCUAUAUAUAUAUAUAUAUAUAGAACUAGAUUAUGAAUCUUAUGUCUUCUCUCUUUAUGGUUUUAGCUGAUCAAACUAUGUGUAUUUUUAUGUUCUCGUUGUUUGUUGAAAUGGGUAAUUAGAGAAUAGAGUAAUGGAUUAGUAAUUUAGUAUAUAAUUUAGUUAUUGCAGGAAUUAUCUUUAGAUUUGUGGUAGUCUUGAAUUUGAUCCAAAUGCAACAGUAGGGUUUGGAACUAGCAAUAGUGGAAGUAGCAGUUGGAAUAGAAGCAGAAGUAAUGGUAAUUAACAUCAUAAAUUGGUGUGUGUGUAUGCAUAUAUACAUACAUAU